AUGGCUUUCGAAAAGAUCAAGGUUGCUAACCCCAUCGUUGAAAUGGAUGAAGAUGAAAUGACUAGAAUUUUCUGGAAAUCAAUAAAGGACAAGCUUAUUUUCCCCUUCUUGGAGUUGGAUAUCAAGUACUUUGACCUUGGCCUCCCUCAUCGUGAUGCCACUAAUAAUAUAGUCACUGUUGAAAGAGCCGAAGCUACUCUUAAGCACAAUGUAGCAAUGAAGUGUGCAACUAUUACUCCAGAUGAAACUCGUGUCAAGCAGUUUAACUUGAAGCAGAUGUGGAAGACUCCAAAUGGAACAAUUAGGAACAUUUUGAACGGCACUGUCUUCAGAGAACCAAUUAUUUGCAAAAACAUCCCCAACAUCCCCAUCCUUGUCCCAGGUUGGACAAAGCCAAUUUGCAUCGGAAGACAUGCUUUUGGCGAUCAAUAUCGAGCAACUGAUGGAUUUGCGUGA